AUGGUACGCAGCAUUGCCUGGCUAACCCUCAAUACCGAUUGUGUAGCGAGGGGUCUAUUUGCCCCUCCAGACCAUCGCGACUAUCCUUUGAUGACGAGACCCUCUAUCGAAGGAAGUGACUCUUCCGACACUAGAAGCUCGCUCAUUCAAUGCAACUUCACGCUUGAUCAACCGUGGGAUUUGGAGAAGAUAGUGGAGGAGUACUCCAUUCAGCGCCAACCCUAUCGUUCCUAUGUCCAGUGUGACAAUCUCCAGUAUCCUGGUUCUGAUGAUUUCAGAGUUCUCACUGACACUCUGGACUACAAGAAGCUCCAGCUUUUGUAG